GAAUAUCUGUUGAGCACGCGGAUAGACAAAGCUUCUGAACUAACACUGGGGAGUAAAAGUGCUCUAAUAUCUCACCUAACCUGGAGGACUGCUCACUGAAAGCAUUCCUAACACCACUGUUCAUGAUGGUAACAUUAAAUACAAAUAAAAAAGAAAUCAUUUUCAAUCAGUAGCCUGCUUUGUAAGGUGACCUGCCUCAAAAAGAACAGAAAAGCAAACCAAAAGAAAUAAUAAUGAAUAAUAAUUGACCUAUCGCGAGAACAUCCCGGGAGCUUCCCGGUGGCGUUUAGGAGAACAGGUGAGGUGCUAAUUAAUAACCGGACCACGCAAUGUCAGCGAACGUUUCCCUGUGAACCAGAGUGUGCAAAACAUGCCAAUGAACAACAACCAGAAGGCACCAAGUGCAGCUGCUAGACUUGUCAAACUGCCCCUGGUUCGCUCAGCUUGUAGGAAGCUGUUAGUCGUGUACAAUGACACUAAAUGCAGCCACCCAAACCUGAGGACAAUGUGUGAGGUGCUGGAGAACGGUGUGACAGCUUUAGGCACAGCAGCAUGUGAGAGAGCUUCACCUGUCAUUGUUAAACUGGAGCCCCAGAUUUCCUCUGCAAAUGAUGUGGCAUGUAAAAGUCUUGACUGGCUGGAGACUACAUUCCCCGUGCUUCACACACCCACAGAGCAGGUUGUUGCCACGGCCAAGAACAAGAUGCACGAGAUCCAGGAUGUGGUGAGCAUUGCAGUUAACGGAACCAUGGACUGUGUGCAGCACACAGUCACAUGGGUGAUGGAGAGGAUGCAGCAGGUUGAUGAAGGGACUAACCAGACUCUGGUGGAGAGAGCCAUUAUUGUGGCUGCUGUGGGACUGGACUCCGCCCUGAGCAUGUCAGAGGCUGUGAUGGACAGAGUGCUUCCUCCCACUGAACAAGAUAAAAAAGAAGAAGCAGCAGCUCACUUGGUGAAGGGCUUUGAGGCUGAUGCACCCAGGAGAAGUUACACUGUGCGACUGGUUUCACUCUCUGCCAAACUGUGUCGGAGGACCUACUACAAGGCCGGGGCCAAGAUGCACUCUGUUCAGAUCGUGGAGACAUUGUCCAGGUCUUCAGCUCUGGUUCCGGACCUUCAGACAACCUGGCUGACCAUGACCAGGAACCUGCGAGAUUUGCCUCAGUACCUGCAGCAUCAGGCUGUGUCUGUGCUGUUCUUCAUUUCCCAGAUGUACAACUUAAGCUGCCUGCCGUCUGAACAAAACCAGUCUAGUCAAGUUAUAGAUCAUCUCAAUGCAUCUGAGGUCUUCUCACCUCACAAGGAUGUAGUCCAGGUCCAACCACAUGCUAAACCUACUUGCCAACUGAGGAGGCCAAUAAAGACGUCUGCGUUUGACAAUGGGUGUAAUGUUAAGGGAUGUGUGCGCCGUUGAUGUACACUAAUUAUGAUCAUGUGUUGAAUGCAUGUCCAACUGAUUUCACAAAGUGGUGUAAAAUAAAAGUUGUUUCAACAGUCAUGAA